AUUCAGACAAAAACAAAAUAAAUGGCUCUAAAACAGAACUGAUGGAAGAAGGCAUUGCCAAAGAUGUGGAAGACUAUCAAAUAAAGCUAUGUGACCCACCCUUUCUGAAAAAUGAUGCACACAAAGAAGAAGAAAACAUGACAUUCUUAGACACAGAAGACGUAACACAGAAUGAAAAAUCCGAUCUUAGCAAUCUCUGUAAUGGUGAUGCUGUUGAGACUGUGACAGAGAAAGAAAUCUUAAAAACCACUGAGGAAGACAGUGAAAGCACCCUUUCAUGUGAGUCACCUCAGCCCCCAAAUGAGUUUGCACAAACAGCCAUAUGUAGACUUAAGCAUGCACUUGACUUCUUGACAGACUCUGAAGUUCCACUGAAAAAGAGUAAGCUAGAGGAAAGCUUGGAUAAGAGUGAAAGAAAGCAGAGAGAUGACUCCAGUCCAAAACAUCUGGAAAACACUAAUGACCACCUUAACCAAGAUGAAAGCACUUUGACAACAACUGUCCACUGUGCACACUCAGAAGAGCAAGAAAAUCUAGCAGUGCACAAUGGUGAUGAAUUGAACCUUCCAAAAUCAGACCCUCCAAGUUUGCUCAGUAAAUCCAGUAAAACAGUAAAGGAAGACUUGGAUCCUAUUCUUGCAGAUGGUGUCUCUUCAAAGAGUUACAGUAAAACUUCUUAUGACAUUGAUAAUUUCGGGUCAAGUAAAAAUUUACAGUCACUGUUUCCUGGUAGAGAUCUUAGUGUAGACCAAGCCAUUGCUAUUGAAGCACUCACUACGUUAGCAACAGCAUCAGAAGAAUUUGCCUUGUGCAGAGAGCCUGCAAAAGCUCAAAGCACCGAACGACUGUUAGCACGCAGUCCAGGAAAUAGUAGGACAAUGUAUGAUGCUCUCCCAAGAGGAGAAACUAUGUCUGUAGAGGAUGACAGCUUUGUGGAGAGUAAGCAGUUUCAGCAACACCCUUCCAAUCUGUGCCAUAUAUCCUCUAAUAAUGAAGUCUCAACAGGCCACUGUACCAGUGCUUGGUCAUUGCUCAAUAAGUCUGUUAAGAAUGGUGAUAUGCCUUUGAUGUCACAUAUCUUUCAAGCAGAUACCAAAUUAUCAAAGGCUGUGCUGCAAAGCUGUAAAAAUAUUACCUCUCGACCCAAGCACAUUAAAGUAAACUCUUUCCCUAAAAUAAAGAAUACUAAAAGAAAAUCACACAAGUUUCAUCUUCCACAAAAUGACAUUGACAGUGGGAAUAAAUCUGGUAGUCUUUGCCACAGUGUAGCAUUAGAAAGUAAUGUGUUAUCAUGCAAUGUAAAGCGAAAUAAAGAUGAGGAAGAAGUAGCAGCCCAGUUAGCACAACUAGCCUCUAUAAUAGAAUCAAAAUCACAUUGUCAGUUUUCACAAAAAGAUGACCUGAAUAUUUCUCAUAAUCUUUCUGUAGCUCCUGGGGUUCAGAAAGAAUGCAAAAAGCGAGCAAGAAAAAUACCUGUCUUGCCAAAGCUUAAUUGCCAGCCAAGUAUUAAAAAGGAAAAGCGUAUAUAUCGAAAGAAAGCAAAAGUGAUUCCAUGGAAGCAGAGAUUGAAACUAAAGGCACACAUGGCACUACUCCCACUGAACAGUCACAAGGAAGAGCCAUUAUUAACCUGUCCAAAUGGUGAGAUGCCUCAUGUUUGGGUCCCUGAUCAGCUGCAUAAACUCAACCAAAUUCUACAGCAAGAAAUGAAAAUUACCAAGAAAGAUGAGAGGUUCUAUAAAACCAGAGGUAGAAGGGGUAGGCAAAAAAAGAAUCCAUUCUCAGAACAAAGCAUGCGUUCAUUUCUUCCAGUGACUCAGAUAAAAUAUAACAGAGUGCUACCAGAAUCAACUCAGGAAAAUUUCACUAGCACAGAGCCUAAAUCGCAAAUGCCAGGUUGCCUUUCUUAUAACGCUGUACUAAUACCAGAACUGAAUGAGCAUUCAAAGUUUGCUCAUUCUGUAUUACUGAAUAACAAAAACGGUUUCCAAUCAUCAUCAAAUAAUAUGGUGCUUCCAUGCUCACAGGUGAAUGAAGUACACUCCUUUUAUCCUGGUACUGUUUCUGGUAUUGAUGGUGCUUUAAAAGAGCUGGAUACAAACUUAAAAGGUGCUGUAAAUGGAAAUACUUGUUUUACUCAGGUGCAGCAAACAAGAAGUGAAGUAAAUGAUGCAUUUCUCCAACCAGUUUUGAAAGAUAAUAGUAUCACUGACCAGCAUGGUGCUGCCACUGGGGAUAAAAGUCAAGACAAAAAAAUACCAUCCACUAACUCCUUCAUGCUCCAUUCAUCAGGUGUGAUAAACGGUGCUAGAUAUAUCAAAAUGGAACAUUCUGGUGCUAUAGCAGAAAACCACAGUGGAACAGAGCAUAAAGUUAACAGUGAAUCAAAAAACAUGCUACAUGAUUUUCUUAAUUGCCCUACAAAAUUUUUGAACAAGCCCACAAAAAAUCUAUUGGAUACUCCAUUGAAAACAGGCCAGCCAGAAUUACCAUCUUGUGAUUGUGUUGAACAGUUUGUUGAGAAAGAUGAAGGUCCUUACUACACACAUCUGGGAUCUGGGCCCAAUAUCGCUGCAGUACGUGAAGUCAUGGAGAACAGAUAUGGUGAAAAGGGAAAGGCUAUACGGAUAGAGGUGGUAGUCUAUACAGGGAAGGAAGGGAAGAGCUCUCAGGGAUGCCCCAUUGCUAAAUGGGUAAUACGAAGGAGCAGUGAAGAAGAGAAGCUGUUGUGCUUGGUUCGAGAAAGAGCAGGCCACCACUGCAAGUCAGCAGUCAUCGUCAUUCUUAUCUUGGCCUGGGAUGGUAUUCCCCAUGCACUUGCAGAUGAACUGUAUCGAGACCUGACAGAAACUCUUAGAAAGUAUGGCUGUCCCACAAAUCGACGCUGUGGAACAAAUGAAGAUCGUACCUGUGCAUGUCAGGGCCUUGAUGCUGAGACCUGUGGAGCCUCAUUUUCAUUUGGCUGCUCCUGGAGCAUGUAUUUCAAUGGCUGUAAGUUUGCCCGAAGCAGGUAUCCACGAAAGUUUAAGAUCAUGGCAGAUGAUGCAAGAGAAGAAGAGAAACUUGAGCGUCAUCUACAGAUUUUAGCCACUAACUUGGCACCUGUCUAUAAGAAACUGGCUCCAGAAGCUUUUGAAAAUCAGAUUGCAAAAGAACAUCUUGGCUCAGACUGUCGACUUGGUUUGAAUGAAGGAAGGCCUUUUUCAGGAGUAACUGCUUGCAUGGACUUCUGCGCACAUGCUCACAAGGAUACACACAACAUGAACAACGGUAGCACUGUAAGUGCUUCUUGUACUGUAAGAGUCUGUACUUUAACUAAAGAAGAGAACCGUAAGUUGGGAGUUAUUCCAGAAGAUGAACAGCUACAUGUGUUACCUUUGUACAAAGUAGCACACUUUGAUGAGCAUGGCAAUGAAGAGGGACAAGUGGAGAAAAUAAAAUCUGGUGCUAUACAGGUGCUGUCUUCAUUCCCUAGGGAAGUGCGUUUUCUGACUAAUCAAAUCAAAUGUGGAAGAAGAAGAAAAGCUGAAAAUAGGAGGGCACCAUAUGGAUCACUGAAAAAGCAGUCCACCUUGGGAAAGAUAAAUAAUGGUGUUGCUGAUAAAGCUGAUAUCAAUAAUCACCAAGCUGUGAUUGCAGUGGUUGAGCUAAAUGUUCCUGUGGAAAUUGUGAAGCCAGAGACAUUAUAUCCUGUUGUUUCUUUUUACACUCAGAACUGUGGAGGACUUAUUGAAUGCUUUAGUUUAGUCCAAGGAACCAAAAGAAGUUCAUUGCUGCAUUCAUCAGGAAUGAAAAAGGAGUAUCGUAAUGGGCCCAGUGGCUUCCGAUGUGCUGGCAAAAAGGUUGAAAAUUCAUUGUUACAAAAAUGUAAUUCCAUCUCCCCCCUGGGUGGGGAUUUAAACAGCCGUCAACAGAGCCUUCCACAAACAUAUGGAUAUAUUGGGCAUAAAGGUACUCACCAUUCUGCACCUCCUUUCAUGGGAAUGUCUGCCAACAGCUCUACAGAAGUAUUACUGAAUGACAAUGACAGCCUGUCUCAUGUCCUGUCUGAUAGUGAAGCUUCCAAACAAGCAGACCAUGUCAGAUUAUUGAACCAGAUGCUGGAUUGCCAGGUAAGUGAAGAAAACAAAGGCCAGGAUGAGCUGCAGUUAAUGGUGUCUAAUCUCUACAGCACACAAGAUAGUACAGUCUUCCAGGCCAGUCGCAGAAUAAAUUGCAGUGAAAAUCAGUUUAAUGGAUACGGAGCAUCUAAUUUGGAAAACAACUACUCUAAGUCUCAAGAUUUGAACAUUAAAAGACUGAGUACUAUGUAUGAUGGUGAAGUAUCAGAAGAAAAAUUCAGUGGCUUAGACCAGAAUGAAAAAGCAGAAGAAGUGUGGUCUGACAGUGAACACAACUUCCUUGAUGAAGACAUUGGUGGUGUUGCUGUUGCUCCAUCUCAUGGUUCGAUUCUAAUUGAAUGUGCUAGGCAUGAACUCCAUGCCACAACUCCAUUAAAAAAGCCAAACAGAAAUUGUCCUACCCGUAUUUCUCUUGUGUUCUACCAACAUAAAAGUCUGAAUGAGCCAAACCAUGGACUUGCCCAGUGGGAAGCAAAGAUGGCUGAAAGAGCAAGAGAAAGAGAGGAAGAAGCCAAGAGACUAGGUAUUGAUCUCAGCAGAAGUGGCAGUAGAAAAUCAAAAAUGUCUACCAGUGCAAAUAAAGACCUCUUUAUUGACGUCAGUGACAUUGCCAAAGUUCCCUCACAGAAAACACUGACACUGACUAGGGACAGGGUGCUAACUGUAUCUACAUAUGCCCUUACUCAAGUCACAGGACCUUACAAUCGCUGGGUGUAGGAAUUUGAUAAAUGUUUUACUGCCUUACCUCAAUGCAGUAAUUCAUGGUUCUUAAAGGUGCUGUCUAAAGAAGUUUUAAGAGUGUUUUACUGUUUAUUCAUCUCAACCAUUUUGCGGCUGAGGUAAAAAAAGAUUUUUUAAACUGUGACAUAACAGUUGGUGAUGCAUUUUGUAGAUAUUCUAAAAGAAAAAAGUGGUGCUUUAGAAUCUCAGAAAAAAAUGUAGUGUUUUGUAUACAAUUGGUGCAAAUGAAAUAGAUUCAAUGCAGAGGUUAUUUCAAACAGAAUGUUUUAACUUGAGAACUGAUCUUAGAUUAAGGAAUUUUUAAAAUGGUGCUUUUCAGAUGCAGCCUGUUUACUGCAAUUUUACUGUAAAAUGUUUUUAAAAAGUUUUAGCAGAUUCAGGUCUGGCGAGUGUGAAAAAAAAUGUUUUUAUUAUUUUGCUUUUAAUCUGUCUCAUCUAAUACCCUGUACAGCUUCUGAUGCACAUACCUGUUGGACUUUAAAAGAUAAAAUAAGCUAUAAUUUUAUUUUAUUUUCCUGACCCUCCCCCUUCCAUAGUGCUAGGUGUACUAGUAGCUUCCAUUCAAUUGUCGCAUCCCAUGUGAUUCAACAGAAUCAUUUUUAGAUGACAAGUAUCAUUUUGGUAUUAUGUGCCUGUGCAGAGUCUUCAGAUGUUAUGCAGAUAAAGAACACAUUUUUUUAAUGCCACUAGGAAUGGUUGGAGGCUAUUUUUAAUAUUUUGUCUAGUAAUCUGUUUUUUAAUUGUAAAUAUACCUAGUUUUUUUUUUAAAAAGCACUUUCUACUUUGUAAAAUAACUUGAAAUUGUGUAGUAAUAGAUGUUUAUUAAGAAUUGUAAAAUACUGUAAAUAGAUCUAUAUAUUGAGAGGUAAGCUACCUGCCACAGUGGAGUUCUGUAUCUAUGAGUUUUGCUAUCAUUACUGUUUUUAAAUACGUUUUUAUAGAGUUAUUUGUAAAGAGCUAUAAGCACUUCAGAGUAAACACUGGAAGCCUUACCAAUUAAUUUCAAUUUAAUUUGAUUUAACAAAAGGAUUAUGCAGAUAUUAUUUUCAUGGUGGAAGAUUUACAUACAUCUUUCUGUGUCCUGUCUUUCCAAGUCUUACUGAAAAUAUUGAGCACUAGCAUUCGGGGUAUCCAUACCUCCUUCUUUGGCCUGUGUACAGCCUCCU